GCAACCUUUUCAGGUAAGAGGCGGGAAUGCUAUGGGUCACACAGGCCUGUCGGAGCUCAGUGGACCAUCAAACCCUCUCCGCUGAGUUCAGGCUGUUUUCACGCCAGCGGAGAACUCGUGUUGUUGUAAUGUCACCGAGUGACCACCAGGGGUCGGCUCCGCUGUGCUGUCCGGUCUCUGCCGCUGGGGGGCGCUGCUCCCCCUAGCGGUAGACACCGGGGGUCUGAUGGCAGGAUGGCGGAGGCAGGGGGACCGGAUUCCGCCGCGGCGCGGUGCCCUGACGAGUCAUCAGAUAGUGAGCCGGAACAGGAGCCCGGAACUCCGCAGAAACUCAUCCGAAAAGUGUCGACGUCCGGCCAGAUCCGCAGCAAGACUGUGCUGAAGGAGGGGAACCUGCUGAAACAGACGAGCUCGUUCCAGCGCUGGAAGCGGCGAUACUUCAAGCUGAGAGGGAGGACACUCUACUACGCUCAGACCGCCAAGUCCAUCAUCUUUGACGAAGUCGACCUGACGGACGCCAGCGUGGCCGAGUCCAGCACCAAAAACGUCAACAACAGCUUCACCGUGAUCACGCCCUGUCGGCGCCUCAUCCUUUGUGCAGACAACAGGAAGGAAAUGGAGGAUUGGAUGACGGCGCUGCGCAGCAUCCAGAACAGACAGAAUUAUGAGUCCACCCAGUAUAGCAUGGACCACUUCAGUGGGAUGCACAACUGGUACGCCUGCUCCCACGCCAGACCCACGUACUGCAACGUGUGCAGGGAGGCUCUGUCAGGGGUCACGUCACACGGCCUCUCCUGUGAAGUGUGUAAAUUUAAGGCUCACAAACGGUGUGCAGUCAGAGCCACCAACAACUGUAAAUGGACAACGCUAGCUUCUAUCGGGAAGGACAUCAUUGAGGACGAGGACGGGGUGUCGAUGCCUCAUCAGUGGUUGGAGGGAAACCUGCCGGUGUCGGCCAAGUGCACCGUGUGUGAUAAAACGUGCGGCAGUGUGCUGCGGCUGCAGGACUGGAGGUGUCUGUGGUGUAAAGCAAUGGUGCACUCCAGCUGUAAGGAGCAGCUGUCCUCCAAGUGUCCCCUUGGUCAGUGCAAAGUGUCCGUCAUCCCUCCGACGGCACUCAACAGCAUCGACUCAGACGGUUUCUGGAAGGCGUCGUGUCCUCCGUCCUGCACCAGUCCUCUGUUGGUCUUUGUUAACUCUAAAAGUGGAGACAAUCAGGGCGUGAAGUUCCUGCGGCGCUUCAAGCAGCUGCUGAACCCAGCGCAGGUGUUUGACCUGAUGAAUGGAGGGCCUCACCUGGGUCUGCGGCUGUUCCAGAAGUUCGAUACCUUCAGGAUCCUGGUGUGUGGAGGAGAUGGCAGCGUUGGCUGGGUGCUGUCUGAGAUCGAUAUGCUCACGCUGCACAAGCAGUGUCAGCUCGGCGUUCUUCCUCUGGGGACCGGGAAUGACCUUGCCCGGGUUCUGGGCUGGGGUUCGGCCUGCGACGAUGACACCCAGCUCCCUCAAAUUCUGGAGAAACUGGAGAGAGCCAGCACCAAGAUGCUUGACAGGUGGAGCAUCAUGGUCUAUGAGACUAAGUUUCCACGGCAACACUCUGCAUCCACUGUCACCGAGGACUGCAGCGAUGACUCUGAGGUCCAGCACAUUCUCACGUAUGAGGACUCAGUGGCUGCUCACCUCUCCAAGAUCCUGACCUCUGACAAGCACUCGGUGGUUAUCUCCUCGGCCAAAGUUCUCUGUGAGACGGUGAAGGACUUUGUGGCCCGGGUUGGUAAAGCUUACGAGAAGAACACAGAGAGUUCGGAGGAGUCAGAGGCCAUGGCCAAGAAGUGCGGUGUGCUGAAGGAGAAGUUGGACUCGUUGCUGAAGACUCUAAAUGAGGAGUCUCAGGCGUCCUCUGUGCUCCCUCCAGCUCCUCCCCCAACCAUCGCUGAGGAGCAGGAGGAGGUGGAGGGACUUGUGCUGCCUCCUCUUCAUCUUCCUCCUCCUCCCCACUUUCUGCCCAUUUCCACCUGCUCUUCACGCCCCACCCCUUCCACCUCCUCCUCCUCUGUGGUAGCAGCUGCCAUUUUUAAACCUCGAGAACAGCUGAUGCUGAGAGCCAACAGUCUGAAGAAGGCCAUCCGGCAGAUCAUUGAGCACACUGAGAAAGCGGUGGACGAGCAGAACGCUCAGACUCAGCAGCAGGUCUUCUCUCUGAGCCGGGCCGAGGAGGAGGGUCUGGUGGAGGAGGACGAAGAGGAGGACACCGAGGAGGACAAGACAUCCCUGCACUCGUCCUACAGCUCCAAGCAUCGUGGCGCUCGCAGAGUCAGUAAGACGCCCUGUGAGAAGCUCAUCAGCAAAGGCGGCCUACCACUGGGCAGCUCCGCAUCACUUCCUGUCCAGACAGGAAGCCGGGACAACAUGCCUAUGCUCAACACAAAGAUCCUGUAUCCAGGCUCGCUGUCCAACAGCUCCGUCAUCAGCCGAUUGUUGGUCAACGCCGACCCGUUCAGCUGCGACCCCGACAACAUGGACUGCUACACUGAGAAGUGUGUCAUGAACAACUACUUUGGCAUCGGACUAGACGCCAAAAUCUCUCUGGACUUCAACAACAAGCGAGACGAACAUCCAGAGAAGUGCAGGAGUCGCACCAAGAACAUGAUGUGGUAUGGAGUCCUAGGAACCAAGGAGCUGCUGCACAGAACCUACAAGAACCUCGAGCAGAGAGUCCUUCUGGAGUGUGAUGGUCGGCCAAUCCCUCUGCCCAGUCUGCAGGGAAUCGCUGUCCUGAACAUCCCGAGCUACGCAGGUGGGACCAACUUCUGGGGAGGAACCAAAGAGGACGAUACCUUCACAGCGCCGUCCUUCGAUGAUAAGAUCCUGGAGGUGGUGGCCGUUUUUGGCAGCAUGCAGAUGGCCGUGUCCCGAGUCAUCAACUUGCAGCACCACCGCAUCGCUCAGUGUCGGACAGUGAAGAUCACAAUCCUGGGCGACGAGGGUGUCCCGGUUCAGGUGGACGGGGAAGCGUGGAUCCAGCCUCCGGGGUACAUAAAGAUCAUCCAUAAGAACCGGACCCAGACCCUGACCCGAGACCGAGCAUUUGAGAGCACCCUGAAGUCCUGGGAGGAUAAACAGAAGUGCGAGUUUCCCCGGGCGCCGCCUCAGCCACCACUGUCCUCCCAGCCUGAGAUCGUCUCCGAGGAAGAGGCGACACUCAUAAGCGAGUUCGGUCAGGCAGCUGGAGUGCUCAUCCACAGCAUCCGUGAGGUCGCUCAGUUUCACCAGAGCAUGGAACAGGAACUGGCUCACGCUGUCAACGCCAGUUCAAAGGCCAUGGACGUAGUCUACGCCGACUCCAAGAGCUCCAGGGCUCUGAGCUGCAGCGUGGUCAUUCAGAUGGUCAGCAACAUCAAAGCUUUGGUCAGUGAGACUGAACUUCUCCUGUCUGGAAAGAUGUCCAUGCAGCUGGAUCCUCCUCAGCAGGAACAACUGAAUGCAGCUCUGAGUUCUGUGGCUCAGCAGCUCCCCCGCCUGGCUGAUGUUCCCUGGUUGUGUCCAGUCAUUGACCCAUCAGACCAUGAGGGUCCACUGACAGAUUUUUCAAAGCGCAGUCGGGGCGCCAAGUUCCGCCUCGUCCCAAAGUUCAAGAAGGAGAAGAACAACAAGAACAAAGAAACAUGUGCCACGUUCUCUCUGCCAGUUCACCAGUGGGGGACAGAAGAGGUGGGGGCAUGGCUGGACUUUCUGUGUCUCACUGAGUAUAAAGACAUCUUUAUUGGUCACGACGUCCGUGGAGCUGAGCUCAUCCACCUGGAGAGGAGGGACCUAAAGGACCUCGGCGUGACGAAGGUGGGCCACAUGAAGAGGAUCCUGCAGGGCAUCAGAGAGCUGAACAGGAGCAGCAGUGCCAGCGAGGCCUAGCUGCUGCCAGCAACAGCUGCCUGCUCUCCUGUGUUGCUAUUCACCACUUCACCUACCUGACCUCUGACCCUGGACCAGCGCCUCAGCCUACAGACGCAGGUCCAGGACUCGCUGUGAUUGGACUUGGAUCGGUCUGUGCUGGUUCUCAGUAACCUGACUGAACCCAGACACCCAGGAUUUCAGGAGAAACAACCAAUUACAUGACCCCACAGUGCCUUGUCACCCCACCCACCAGCCAAUCAGCAGGAGGUCAAGGAGGGCGGGGUUUAUCAUUCAGGACGUUUGUGUUCCUGCAGGCUGUUGAAAUGUUCAGGAAACGCAGAGCUCUCUCUGUGCAUCUCGUGACCGUCUGCGUCAUGUUUCAGGAAGUCAGAGAAGCUCCCAACCUGAUUUCACUGCUGGAGGAGGAGCCAGAACAUCGCUGUUGGUUUGAGUGUCUGAGCAUCAGAACGAGAAGACUCUCACCUGACCAAUCAUAAGCCGUGUCAGUCGCUGCCCGAGGUGUAUCCCCACUUUGAAACUCGUCAGACCCAGAUCCAGUCUGCAGGACUGAGGUGCCCAUCUGUAAGUCAGCAGCAGACCAAUCACAGCGUCCUCUGGUCUCUGACACGUUUAACCCUUUAAUGACUUUACUUCAGGCUGCUGAGCAGGAACUCUGUAACUUCAUCACCAAAGUGUGGACACCUGAGGGGGGAGGGCUUAUGUUACCCAGGUAACAGCAGCUGUAGCAGGUCAGAUAUUUAUGUCUUGUAUGGAGUGAUCUGUGGAGUCCAGAAAGUAUCUUUAAGAAGAGUCAUGAUGAGGAGAUGCUGGAGGAGGGGUCCUGUGCCCUUCAGGCCUGCAUUUGUGUGGAUUCUACUUCUGAGGCUUAAGAUAAGCCUUAAGCUCCGCAUUUCUGGGGGCGCAGCAUCAUGUUUCAUAUCGUUCUUAUCUGUCCAGCGUGCUUAUUUUAACACAAACUUAUCAGACAUGACAGGACCUCCUCCUGCCUGUGGACACUCACCUCAGCCCUGUGACAUCACAGGAGCGUGUUGUUUACCUGAAUCCAAACGAGCCUUAAACGCACCGUCAGCCCUGCCAUUUCAGCUGGACGCUGCCCUGCCGCUGCGAUCUGAUGAUGUCAGCUGCUGUAAAUGUUUUGUUGAAAAGCGCAGAUGUGUUGGGUUUAUAAAGCAUCUCCCUGUCUGUCUGUCACAAACACAAUUCCAAGUUCAAAGUUACAAACUCAGCAGAGUUAUGUUUCUGUCAAAGGUGACGCGAGACAAGACGCCAUCACAAGGCCUGAGGACAGGAAGUGUGUGCGUGAGGACAGGGCGUGUGUGUGUGUGUGGUUCAUCCACAGCAGAAAUCCCAGCGACAGCUCAGACAUCGUGUUCUCCGUCAUACGUGUGCUGUUCCUGCCUGUAUUUAUACGAGCCGGCCGUCAUCACCAGUUCUUUGACAGAAUGUAAUAAAAAUCACUCAGACGUGUGGAGGAA